UCACUGGAGGGAUUCCUGGAGAAGCUGCAGUGUGGGGAUGCUCUAGACCGAGUACUGCCCUCGGUGUCUUUCCACCUCCUCCUUCUGCAGCGGCGGCGGCGGCGGCAGCAGCACUUAGCAGCGGCAACUUGAGGCUGCACCCCGGGCCAGCCCCCCCAGGGUGGUGCUCAACUGAGACGGGGGCUCAGCGCCCCAAGGGGUGUGUGUAGGGUGGGGGUGGCCAGCUGGGACCAGCUGGUGGCCCUGAAAAACCUCCCACACACCCACACCCACACACCCCUUUUGUGUUGCAGGCUGCCCCUCCAAGAGCAGAGGCAGCAAGAGGACGUGUGUGUCUUGCACAGGUCCACGCGGGGAGAGCAGUGGGGACGGAGACCGGCACCACCUUCUGGUCCUCGCUCCAGAGAAAAAGAAUCUGAAAGGACAAAAUACCCCAGAAUUCCUAACAGAACAAUUCACCUGCACCUAAAAUGGUGAGCGAGAGUCAUCAUGAGGCGCUGGCCGCCCCGCCAGUCACUACUGUUGCAACCGUUCUCCCCCAUAAUGCCACAGAGCCAGCCAGUCCUGGGGAAGGAAAAGAAGAUGCCUUUUCCAAGCUGAAGGAGAAGUUCAUGAAUGAGCUGCAUAAAAUUCCAUUGCCACCAUGGGCCUUAAUUGCCAUAGCCAUAGUCGCUGUCCUUUUAGUCCUGACCUGCUGCUUUUGUAUCUGUAAGAAAUGUUUGUUCAAAAAGAAAAACAAGAAGAAGGGAAAAGAGAAGGGAGGGAAGAAUGCCAUUAACAUGAAAGAUGUGAAAGACUUAGGGAAGACCAUGAAAGAUCAGGCUCUAAAGGACGAUGAUGCCGAAACUGGAUUGACUGAUGGGGAAGAAAAAGAAGAACCCAAAGAAGAGGAGAAACUGGGAAAACUUCAAUAUUCACUGGAUUAUGAUUUCCAGAAUAACCAGCUGCUGGUAGGGAUUAUCCAAGCUGCUGAGCUGCCUGCCUUAGACAUGGGGGGCACAUCUGAUCCCUAUGUCAAAGUGUUUCUGCUGCCCGAUAAAAAGAAGAAAUUUGAGACAAAAGUCCACCGAAAGACCCUUAAUCCUGUCUUCAAUGAGCAAUUUACUUUCAAGGUACCCUACUCAGAAUUGGGUGGCAAGACCCUGGUGAUGGCCGUGUAUGACUUUGACCGUUUCUCUAAGCAUGACAUCAUUGGGGAAUUUAAAGUCCCCAUGAACACAGUGGAUUUCGGUCACGUAACUGAGGAAUGGCGCGAUCUGCAGAGUGCCGAGAAGGAAGAGCAAGAGAAAUUGGGUGAUAUUUGCUUCUCCCUUCGCUAUGUACCGACUGCCGGCAAGCUGACUGUUGUCAUUCUGGAGGCAAAGAACCUGAAGAAGAUGGACGUGGGUGGCUUAUCUGAUCCUUAUGUGAAGAUCCAUCUGAUGCAGAAUGGCAAGAGGCUGAAGAAGAAAAAGACAACGAUUAAAAAGAACACACUUAACCCCUACUACAAUGAGUCAUUCAGCUUUGAAGUACCCUUUGAGCAAAUCCAGAAAGUGCAAGUGGUGGUAACUGUUUUGGACUAUGACAAGAUUGGCAAGAACGAUGCCAUCGGCAAAGUCUUUGUGGGCUACAAUAGCACCGGGGCAGAGCUGCGACACUGGUCAGACAUGCUGGCCAACCCCAGGCGACCCAUUGCCCAGUGGCACACCCUACAGGUAGAGGAGGAAGUUGACGCCAUGCUGGCGGUCAAGAAGUAAAGGAAAGAAGCCUUUCUGCGUUUGCCCACAUAGUGCUCUUUAGCCAGUAUCUGUAAAUACCUCAGUAAUAUGGGUCCUUUCAUCUAUCCAGCCAUGCAUUCCUAACACAAUUCUGUGGUACUUCAAUUCCUGUUUUAAUUUGCACAAAUUUAAACGUAGAGAGCCCCUAAGCCCUUCAUCAUGCCACUGCCCUCCAAAUCUACUCUUCUUUUAAGCAAUAUGAUGUGUAGAUAGAGCAUGACUGAAAUUAUUUAUUGUAUCACACUGUUGUAUAUACCAGUAUGCUGAAGAUUUAUUUCUAGUUUGUGUAUUUGUAUGUUGUUAGCGUUUCCUAAUCUGUGUAUAUCUAGAUGUUUUUAAUAAGAUGUUCUAUUUUAAAUUAUGUAAAUUGACUGAAAUAUAGGAGAGCUGAUAAUAUAUUAUAUGGUAAAUAUAGUAUUGUCUGCAUUCCAGCAAAAAUAUCAACUUGUAAGGCACUAGUACAGUCAAACUGACAUCUUAAAGGACAACUUAAACCUGAGCUUUCUACCGAUCAUUUGAGAACCAAGAUACACUGACACCACAUAUUUGGUGGGUGAAUCCAAUUUUGUAGAAUUUCUUCACAGGCAAAUUAGCAUGAUCUAAACAGCAUCCAGACUGACCUCCAGGAAGCAUAGCCACAAAGCAGAACAGCAUCUGUCUGUACACAUCUACAAAGCUAAAACCAGGGCUUCACUCCUACAUUCAAGGAAGCAACUGAACAGGAGUCCAAGAUUUCAUAUUACUGCAUAUAGAGUAACAACGCGACGGUGUUCCAUGUGUGUGUAUGUGGGGGGGGUGUGGGUGUGGGUGUAUGGGUGUGUGGGUGCAUUUGUUUGGGGAUGGGGUGGGUGGGAAGAAGCUGAGAAUUCAGCAUUUCUGAAAUAUUGCCUGAUUAUUUAAAAAGAAAAAAAAGUAGCUCUCCGUUAUCACCUUUAUACAAAUGUGCAUCCUGUGAAUUCUGUUCCAGAUUUCAUACCUAUAAUAAUUCCAAAAGGUUUGCACAUUAGACUUUGUAACAAAAUAUUUUAUUAUAUAAAACCAUAUUAGAAGGAAUGCAGAAUAUUUUUAACACAGCAAUCUGUGUUUAUUACACAAAAUUACUUUGUGGUAAACAGUAUUGUAAUCCCAUCAAAAGAUGAAAAAAUAAACAAUUAGCCAUAGUUCUGAAUGCACUUCAAUUAAGCCAAAACAGCUAGUGAUCUUUUUAUAUGCUCUUUUUACUUAAAUAAGUUUUAAUUUGUCCUUUAAAAAAAAAAAAAAGGCGAAACAAUACCAAGAACAAGUUCUAGCAAACUGGAGCAACCUCUUAUGUAUACUAGAUGCUUGAUUUAGGAGGAGUUUUUAAUGUUCUCAAUGUCAUUAUGUAGUAAAUGGCACUAUUAUGAAGCUACUAGUCAUUCCAUAAGAGUCUUCAAGGACUGCUCUGUGUAACACUGUGACUGCCGUGUGUGCUUAGACACGUAGUUUCCUCAGUGGAUAGCACUCAAUUUAUUCCGUAGUGAUGUUGUAACAAUACUGCCAUUCCCUUCUACUGCACUGCCCAAGGUGUGUGUAGCACAAACAGUUCUCAUUACAAAGGACCAAUUCAGAACUGAAAAGCUAUGCAUAGGACAAGAAAGAUACAUAGACUGGGGUGGAACACACAGCAUUUUGUCAAGCACUGUGCAAUCCUCCUUGUUUUUCCCCACUCUGGUAGACGACCGCUUUGUGGAAGGGCAGCCGAUUAGCUCAUGCUGCAUCCACGCACUUCCGUGGCCCAUCACAGCUCCUAGGCCACAGACAGCAGUGACGCGCUGAGGUGAAAGUUUGUCUUCACGAAUACCAAAACAAGACGGAGGAAAACCGAGCAUUAGCCUCGUGUUCAGACUUUAGGAUACCAUGCCACGUUUUUCAAAAACUACAGAGAAUUCAAAAAAGGGCUGAUGGGAGGCUUCACUGCACCGGCCUGGCUGUUUCCUGAUAAAACUAGAAUUCCUGUCAUUCUUCUUUUCUCAUCAAAGAAGAGGCAAGCCCUUGGCCUUUCAGCCCAGUCACCACAGGCAAACUCGUCAGGACUGGGCCAGACACAAAGGACAAGGGAGUAUAACCUCUCUCUCUUCUGUGGAUGGUCCAUA